UCCACUUUCACCGCGGCGGAAUCAACCUCCGGCACCGCCGCCGAAGACGGUGGAGAUUCGACUGAAUGUGCGAUUUGUCUCAGUGAUUUCGCCGACGGCGAAGAGAUCAGAGUGCUUCCUCUCUGUGGCCAUUCCUUCCACGUGGAGUGUAUUGACAAAUGGCUUGUCUCUAGGUCUUCGUGUCCUUCUUGUCGCCGGAUUCUUAGGCCGGUGAGAUGUGACCGGUGCGGUCACGCUUCCACGGCGGGGAGUCAAUUGAAAGAUCAUCAACAUCACCAACACUCGUCGGAGCUCACUUCCUCUAUUCCUACUUUUCUUCCUUAACACUAAUUUUUUCUUAAGUAUCUGAAUAAUUAAUUCAGAAAGUAUGUAAAGUGAGUUUCAUCAGUAAAAUUCUUAGAAGGGGAAAUAGAGAUCUUUUGUAGUUUUGUGUGAUUUUUCUUGUAAGUUAUCGUGUUUUUUUGUCAAAUCGUGUGUAAAUCAAUUAGAUGGAGUUUGUAGUUCUUUUUUUUUU